AUGGUGUGGAGCUCUUCAGAAGACACUGCCCUGGUUGGUCUUUAUCGUCUAUACGGUCCGCGGUGGCUAGAUAUAUCACGAAUUUUAGGCAAGUCUGCUCAUCAGUGUUCACACAGAUGGCGAAAUAUACGCCCAGGAAUCAAUACAACCCCGCUUACUGCCGUUGAACACGAUGCAGUUAGUCGGCUGUACCAUAUCCAUGGCCCCAGGUGGGCCAGGAUUUCUGAAGAACUUCCUGAUCGCACUCGGACCAUGAUUAAAAAUAGCCGGGAAGAAAGGAGGACAGAAGAGCAACAUAUUCGGACUAAAAUGUCCAUAAUUUAUCUUUUGAAUUAA